GCGGGGAAAGCUGGGGGCAGCUAGGCAGGAGGCAGCUGCUGUUUUCUAUACUACUACGCUGCAGUAGGCAGCGUUAGCAGCAACAAUCACAGCCUGCCUGGGGUAGAGGGGGAGACAGGCAGGAUGCCAUUGUGGAGAAGUGGCUCCCGGGCCAGGCAGCAAGGCUCAGAAAAAGCUAAUGGACCACCCAGACCCAAGGCAAGGAGCCCUAGUCCCUCCGAGAUGAACGGUAAGCCUUGGGCCAGGCCAAGCUACCAGGACCAAGCUGCAGCUGAACACACACAGGACAAAUGUACAGCGUCCCACCAGGAACCACAACAACAGCACCCUGACAAACUGUGCCUGGACUCCUUCUGGAGUGAGGUGGAGACCAUACGCAGCCAGGAUAGCGGUUACAUUGACCUUGACACUGACAGUGCCAGACGAGACUCCAGACACUCUGAAGAAGGGGAGCAGGAGGAGCAGUGGCUCCAGGAUGCAGGUCUGUCCACUCUGAUAAGACAGCAACAGCAGAGACCAGACAGAGACCGGGAACAGGACAGGAAGGACCAGGAUGUUGACCAGGCCAUCCUACUGUCCACUCUGACCCGUACGCAGGCCGCAGCCGUCCAGAGGAGGCUCGAUUCCUACACCCUGUCCCUGAGGAAGAGGAACAAACCCCCGCCGCGCGACGUCAGGGAUGUCUUUAGCGUCUCACCCUCCUCUAUCGCUCAGACGCCUCUACCAGAGUCUCAAGACCCUGAGCCUAUAGAACCUAGCGCAUCUAUAUCAUCUAUACCAGAGGACAGCAUGGACACUAUCAACAAGACCCUACUACAAGAGCUCAGCUUGGAGCAACAGCAACAGCAUGGAGGAGCUCCUAAAGAGGAUAUCUUCAUCACAGACGUCGCAUACUGUGAACAGGCGGCCAUCUUGUUGAAACAGGCCAUGCUGCCACAGAUACAGAACAACGACCGGAAGAGGAAGGAGGACGGCACACUACCUAGGAUGAUCUGCCCUCAGUGUCGUCUGGGUGUGACUCGUAUCCAGGACCUGUCCAAUCAGGACAUGAAGAAGGUUCGUCAGCUGGCCCUCAUCGACAUGACAGCGCUCUGCGACCUGCUGGAGCUCGACGUGAAGAGACACAAAACUUGCAAGAGGAAGAUACUAGAGAGCACCCUGUUUGGGGUUCCCCUGGCCACGCUGUUGGAGAAUGAUCAGAAAGUCAAGCCCACUGCCACCACUCCUCUUAUCCUGCAGGCGCUGCUCUCUUUUCUGGAGAAGAGAGGAGUAGACUCAGAAGGCAUUCUGCGGGUUCCAGGUUCUCAGUCCAGAAUCAAGAAGCUGCAGCAGGAUCUGGAGCAGAACUUCUACAGUGGAGGAUUCAGUUGGGAAGAGGUCAGCCCUAACGAUGCUGCAGCGUUAGUGAAGAAGUUUAUCAGAGAACUGCCUUCUCCACUGCUCACCACAGAGCACCUCAACACAUUCAGCGCUGUCAGGGACAUCCCUGAGCUGAAACAGAAGCUACAUGUUCUGAACCUUCUCAUCCUUCUUCUGCCUGAACCCAACAGAAACACACUAAAGGCUCUGUUGGAGUUUCUGAGUAAGGUGGUGUCCAGAGAGAGGAGGAACCGUAUGAACCUGUGGGCCGUGUCCACCAUCAUGGCCCCUAACCUGUUCCUCCACAAAGCCAUGCCCUCCCGCCUCACUGACGGGGGGCCAGGGGUCGAGAAGGGACAGGCCGAGAAGGCUGCUGACAUCAUGAGGCUCCUCAUACGCUACCAGGACCUGCUCUGGACCAUCCCUAACUUCGUGAUGAGCCAGGUGCGUAAACUGAAUGAGAACCGUAACCGGAGGUACCAGUUCUACGACCGACGCAUCAAGAACCUGCUGAGGAAAAUACACCAGGACAGCAAGGACAAACCUGACAAGAACUCAGAGCCGUGUCGUACAGUGAAGAUCCAGGUGGGAGAUCUGAUGAGCAGCACCAUGGAGGUGCAGGUGAACAUCAACUCCAGGGCUUCAGACCUGCUGGCUCAGUUCCACAGGCACCUCUGCAGCUCCGACAACACCAAGAGGAACGGUUCAGUAAAUGGUUCGGGAUCCUACCCGGACUGUGCCAUCUAUGAAGUGGGAGGAAAUAUCGGUGAACACUGCCUAGACCCAGAGACCCAUCUCCUGGACCUGUGCAACACCAACCCCAGUGGGGAGUGGGUCAUCAAACUGAAACCCCUGGUCACCACCAGGGGGCUGCACCAAUAAGAGACAGCCGCAGGCAAAGGGAGAGACCAGUAGGGGGCUUCAAGAGCCAGCCAGAGGAGGAGGGAGACCAGGAGGAGGAGAGGAGGAAGAUGCUGCUGCUGUUAAAAAACAAACCACCUCAAGACUGAGCCCUCUCUCCCCCUUUCCUUUUCCCAAUGCAGGGGAGACCAGACUAGGUGGAGCAAAGCAGAGAUAGACAGAGAGGGAGAGCUACUGCUCAAAAACACUCCACCUUCAGAUGGAGGAGAGGCUUUGGCUGCUUCUUGACUUGUCAGCUCUCAGCCAAUCACCUCCCAGCGUCCGCAGGAGCCCAGAUGGGGAUCUGAUGCACCGCUGGCUACGACAGCAGCCGCCGAGUCUCUCUCACUCUCUCUUUCUUUUUUUGUAUCUCCAUUCUUUCUGCUCAGACAUUUGAUCACAAAAGGAAUGGGAGAGUGAGGGGGACAGUCAAAGACUCUAAUGAGCUGAUAGCCCCAUGUCAUGUCCCCUGUGUAUGACUUUGGCUCUGUUCUUUCUGGGGCCUUUGGGCCCUGUCCCUGCAGACUCUAUAAGAGCCCUAAUCAGAGUAGAGGACAGAGAUCCUUCUUCUCUUUAAGGGAUCAAAGGUCAGCCUUUAAUACAUUACUACUGGACCUCUAAAGGGAACGGUUGUUUAAUAACAGAGAGUGAAGCUGGUCUUCGUUUCUGUUUUCUCAUUUUUGUUUUUGAUGAACGAAGGAUUUUAAGUAUUGAAUCUGGCGAUGGAUUGAUUGACUAUUUAUAAUUGAUUGGAUGUGUCUAUCUGUAUGUACGUGUAUGUAGUCAUGAAUGUUGUCCUUUGAAAUGAAUAGGUAUGUUUGUUGCUGAAAUAGUAACAUAACAGUCAUGUAAGCUCAUCCAGUCUUUUUGGGGACUUUUACAGUGGUCUUGCUCUUGUACAGUACCUUUGUUGAUGAGCUGUAUUUUGAUGCACCUCCGCAUCCCUCUUUUUCUAUUUCUAUUACCCAUUUGUCCUCAGUUCCUCUUGAAAAUACAUUUCGUAUAUGAAAUCUA